GUCAGGUCGUCAGGUCAGGUCUUGUUCUAGAAUACAUAAUAAUUGAGAGUUCAAAUUAUUACCAGAUUUUGAAAUAAACAUUUCUAUUAAAAUAAUAAAUUACUCAAGUAAAAAUGGAUGCUGAGCGGGAAUCUAAACUCAUUCUAGACGAAACCCAGAAAAUGAUGGAACUUUUGGAGAAUGGAACGGAAGAGAUAUCUGGCCUGCAGGAAAGUAUAAAAAAAAAUGAGAACGAUUUCAAGAAUAUAGAACGCUUAGUUAAGGAUUUCAAAACAACCGUUAACAAAAACUUCACCAAUUUAGAAAAUAGAAUAAGUUUGAGAGCCCGUGUUGAAGACGCGAACACAGAAUUUAUGUCAGCAGCACAGUCACUAUACGCCACCAUAGCACCUUUAGCCGAAGUCAUCAAAAUGGAGGAUGCCAAGUUGAAAAGGAUGGAGAAACAAUUUGAAGAAAACGAAGUAAAACACAAUGUAAUAAAAUUUAAAGAAGAGGAAAAUAAGAUGUUGAAGGCUAUAGAAGAUAAUCGUAAUAUCAAUAAGGAAAGGGAAGACAGCAGGAAAACUUUAGCUGAUGAAAAUGCUAGUCUGAAGUUGGAACUUGCAAGCUGGAAUGAAAAAAUAAAACAAAUGAAAGAGAAACUAGGUCCCCUUAGUUCUAAAAACGAUGAAGCUGCGCUAAGAAUUGAUAUUGAAAAUUUAACUAUAGAAAAUGAAAACAUAGAUAAAGAUAUACUUAAGCUGGAAUCGUUGAGACAGGCCAAAAUAGAAAAACUUACCGUUAAAGGAAUCAUUCCGGAAAAUAUCACGGAAAAAUAUAAGGAAGUAUCUCUACUUGAAGAUGAGGUCAAAGAGGCUGUGAAAAUAUUGGAAUCAACUAUGAUUGAACAAAAAAGCUCUGAAAAGUUGCUGUCGGAGUUAGACGGUGACCUAAAGGAGUCGGAAAUUGAAUUGGAAAAACUGAAAGCUAAUGAAGAAGCUUUAAACGAUAAAAUAGAAAGUAUUGAAAAUAAGUUUGCCCAAGAAAUACUUGCUUACGGCGAAAUAUUAUCUGGACAUGAAGCUCGUUUAGCAUUGAACAAACACUUGGACUUGGACUUAACACAAAAGAUAGAAGCAUGGAAAAAUGAUAUUAAUCUUGUAGAUUCAGAUAUACAGAUGUUGGAAAUAGCCAUAAAAAAUCAUGAAGAAAGGCCAAAUGAGGAUCUAAGCCAACUUAUCAAGUCAUACGAAGAGCAUCUAGAAGAACUAACAUCAAAGCAUAAUAAUUUAAAAGAAGAACACUUCGUUUGCGUAACGAAGAAACAAGAGCAAUUUCAAACACUGAUAGCAGAGCAGGAAACUGAGAAUAAGAAUAGGGACGAGCACAUAAAAUCUUUAGAAAAUGAAAUUAAAGAUAUUCAAGGUCAAAUGGUCGAGCUAGGAGAAGAAAAGCUUAGUGCAGAAAAUGAAUUGAAAGAUCUAGAAAAGCAGUUAGAGACGUUCCUCAUUCCAGCAAAAGUGGCUCCAGUAAAAGCGGUUCCAGCAAAAGUGGCUCCAGUAAAAGCGGCUCCAGUAAAAGUGGCUCCAGUAAAAGCGGCUCUUGUUGUUGCGGUACCCCCUAAGCCAGUUCGUAGAUGGGAUAGUGAUACAUCAGUAGAAAGUGAAGAUUUUACGUUAUUAAAUCUUGCUUUGAAAAAGGCCAAAACUAUGCCAAAAGAAUGAAAGUAACAUUUUUAUUACCUACCGUUUAAAUUUGUUUUGAUCAUAAAGAAUUGUUAAUUUUGUUUUAUUCAUAAAGAAUUGUUAAUUUCUUUCAUUAUCCUAACGAGAUUAGAUUAAGUUUAAACAAAAAUGUAUUAUGUUAAUUUAACUUAAAUAAAAUCAUUUGCUACGUUGUUAAUACUGUAAUUUUUUACUUUCAUUGGGUGCUAUAUUUAGUUCAGAGAAAUAAGGAAAAAAUAUCCUGUUGGUGACACAACCCCC